GCCUUUUAUUUUAUUUUUGCUUGUCCUUUUCUUCGCUUUCCCUUGGCUCGGCCUUGCUUUACCCCCCAAGACAACGCGCAUAUCUCUCCACGAGACCGCCAAGCCUUGUAGUGGAGGCGUCCACUGUAAUUCGGCGCUACGCAGCGGCUCCACGGGUAAAGCAAUUCGCGGUUUGGCUUCAAAACGGAGAAAAAGGGCGAUUACGUUGCUUCACAGGCUCCGUUUUCCCAUCCGUUUCUUCCUUUUCGUCUUUCCGGGGUUUCGUGGCUUUUUUCUUAAAUCCUUCAUCUCGUCAUUCAUUCUUCUUCUUCGCCGUCGAUCCUCUUUCUCCCCCAUCCUUGUUCUCUUUUGUUACACUUCUUCGUCGUCUCGUCGCUUCUUCCUUCUUUCUUGAACAAAGAAGAAGCAAGGCGCAACUGCAGCAGCCUUUUACGAGGAACCAGAUACAGUCCGGAAGCUUGGCAGUAUUCUUGCUUCUUCUCCUCUUGUCGGACUCUUCCUUUUAUACUUUUGUUCUUUUCCCUUUUUUUCAUCUUCCAUUACAUUUGCCGGCCAAUAUCUAUCGCACAUUCAUCCAUCCGCUCUCUUUAUUCUAAACUUCGAUAUUCGUUGUUGCAUUUCCUAGCGUCGACAACCAUUCUUCGUCUUCUUUUUCUACCACCAUUCUCAGCCUAAGGGUCGCUUCGUUUGUUCAAAGACUACCCCUCUAGCCUCCUGGAAUCCCCUGGAGCUCUCGCAGUCUAGGCUCUGGACUGCUCGUUGUCGAUUCACCCGGCGCAUUCCAUUGUCCUGCGUGCUCAAGCUCAAGCUUUGCCUGUUCAAGCUCACACUACUCGAAAAGUUAGCCAGCUACGGCGGUAUCUCUACCAACAAAGGCUCGUCUUCUUUUCUCCUCUUGGGCAAUUCUUCCCCGUCUCUUGCUCGUUGGCUGCCGCAUGCUCUAUCAGGGGCCCUGUAAGCCAUUGUGUUUUAGAGAUCGACGCCCGCCUAAUAGGGACGCGCGGAAGCCACCAUUUUAACCACAACCGACCGCCCCGCUUGCAACUUCACCCGCCGACAUGGCCGCCGUCACAGACUCAACCUCCGGGUCUUCAGCUCCCCUCAUGGCUGACCGCGAGAGAGUCGACCCUAAUUACGAUAUGGAAGCAAACGCGGGUCGAGCAGAGCCUCCCCAAGACGAAAAGAAUCUCGCUCACGAAUACUCUAUCCCCGCGACCGUCAAAUAUACGUGGCUCGCGACAUACUUCGUCCUCUCCCUUCUUCUCACAAUAUACAACAAGCUAGUUCUUGGCGUAUUUCAUUUCCCAUGGCUCCUAACCUUUCUCCAUACGUCGGUAUCUGCCGUCGGCACCUACAGCAUGAUGCAUAUGGGCUACUUCAAGAUGUCGCAUCUUGGCCGCAAAGAAAACCUCGCCCUCGUCGCCUUUAGCGUGCUGUUUACGCUCAACAUUGCCGUCUCCAACCUUUCGCUAGGCAUGGUUUCGGUUCCGUUUUACCAGACCAUGCGCAUGCUCUGCCCGAUCUUCACCAUCCUCAUCUUCCGUGCCUGGUACGGCCGCACCUAUAGCUUCCUAACAUAUGUCUCCCUUGCGCCCUUAAUCAUCGGUGCAACCAUGACAACCGUGGGCGAGAUGAGCUUCAGCGAUGCCGGAUUUGUGCUGACUAUUCUGGGUGUCGUUCUGGCCGCCGUCAAGACUGUUGUCACGAACCGAUUCAUGACCGGAUCUUUAGCGCUUCCUCCCGUCGAAUUCCUCAUGCGAAUGGCCCCUCUGGCUGCCCUGCAGGCUUUGGCUUGUGCGCUCGCCACGGGCGAAGUAGAAAGCUUCCGUCAGACGAUUGCCGCCUCAAACUACUCGACAUUCUCAAUCCUCGCCUCGUUAGCCGGCAAUGGCUUGCUCGCUUUCUUCCUCAACAUUUCGUCAUUCAACACCAACAAGCUUGCCGGAGCCUUGACGAUGAAUGUAUGCGCCAACCUAAAGCAGUGCCUCACUGUAUUGCUUGGCAUUUUCAUCUUCGACAUCAGCGUUGAUUUAGUCAACGGUGCCGGCAUGGCCAUUACAUUGGUGGGCGCAGCUAUCUACAGCAAGUCUGAGCUUGACAACAAGAAGAAAAAGCAGCAGGCUUCGUAUAAGACGCUGGAGCAAAACCCGCGAUAGAUGCGAACAAACAAGCUCACCAUAUGCUUGUUGUAUACUAUAGAUGUCUUUUUUUGGUUUUGGACAAAAGGGUGUUUUUGUAGCGCGUGUUGGCUAAGCUCCACUCGCCGCUAGCAAAACAGCGCCCCAGUCUACGAUGAUACCAGGUGGUUACGCGUUGAUAGAAACCGUACCAUCACACAUAUUCUAUUGGACAACCACGUCCUUCCUAUCUUUUACACUUUUUUCUUCCCUUGAUGAUAUUGCAUUUAGACGCUUUGUGGCGUCUUUGGCUGCGGGACUGCGCGAGAAUCCGGUCGCUCCUGAAACACGGGGUCUGAAACCGACAUCGCGUUUGUGGGCAACUUGGCACUACACGUUGCAUCGGGAUUUUCCUCAGUCUGGGCCAUACGGUGCAUGAUACACAGGCAGCUAGCAUGGGACACACGUGUUCGACGCCGCGUAACGAACGUGUGCUUCCCCUUUGAAUUGGGUCUUUUAUUUCGUUUCACACGUACAUAGGUUUUGGGGUAAACAUGGCUAGGCAUUUGAAAUGCUACUAUCAUUUUGGUUCU